CACCAGUUCAGAAGUAAGGUAUCUUAAAUUGCACUCGACAAUGUUGUGAAUACUUUAAAAUGCUUGAAGCCAUACUUGAUGCCUUCCAUAACGUGUAAAGUAAGAAGUUAGCCUGUGUUAAAAAGUGGUGAUCCCUGCAGAUUACCAAGGCAUCCAGUCUCCCAGCAAGUGCCAAGAGGCAUUCAUUCAAUGCUCCGCUGACACCAAUUUGCCCAAAGUUCACACAGCAAGAAGCCAAGGACCCACCGAGGCUGUCACUUGGAAGAGGUCAUUGUUGUUGCAUCCAGCAUCCCAGCCUGACUGCCUAGACAGGUCCCGCAGGUUGCUGAAUGGCAGAGGUGCAGGCUGCUCCACAGCAAAAUGUGAGACCAGUGUGGCAGAGUAUGAUGUGUACACAAUGAGGGACACACUGUAGCCAACCCAGUAGAUUACCCGUGCUGCACUGCUGAUUGGGUCCUCACCUUGUUGUAGGAGAGCUGACAACAUGUACCAGCCAGCAGCAACUCCCAUGCUAACAGGCUUCUCCCCCGUGGGUAUGUAGCACCUCUGGAGUCGCUCGAUGAAGAAGAGGAUGCUGGCGAGGCCUGUCGUGUUAGCCGGGAUGCGCCGGUACAGAGCUGUGUCCGUUGGGGUUGUGUAGGCAAGCAUCUUCUUGGCAAGGUCCUCGUGGGUGGCCGCAAACAGUUUACGGCUGUGGGAUGAGAACUUGUCUUGUGAAUGUGACGUUGGGGUGAGUGUUAAUCUGAUUUUGUGUUACUAUGUUCUGUGGGGAGUGGGUGUUAAUGUGAUUUUUUGUUAACUGAAUGCUGUGUCUGACCUCCUGAGGUGUAGUAUGGUGGGCCACAAGAUUGUCCCUUUCCACUAGGGCCUGACAGAUGAUAUUAAGAGUGUGAAUGUGUGUGUGGUGCCUUGUUUGGGCCAUUUUGUGUGUGAUUGCCAGCCUGAUGUAUAGACAGCUAAAUCGUUAAUAAUAAUGAAGUUAAGAGUGUGAAUGUGUGGUGAUUUGUCUGCGGUGUCUUGGGGAGGAUUGUUGGCCUGGUAUAUAGAUAAAUAGAUUAGAAUUUGGAUUAACAGUGUCAAUGUUGUAUGUGAGUGUAUAGUGUAGUGUCUGGGGCACCCUGUAUAGGACUGCCAGCCUGGCAUAUAGAUAGAUCAAUCUAAUUAUUUGACAUUUCAUAUUCUGAACAUUUUGCUGAUCCAAUUAAUCUGUUAAGGGAGCACUUUGUUCAACAUCUUUAAAAUAUUAUUUGAUCAUCACCUGUAUCUCUCACCUGAUGAUAUAGAUAGGCUGGGUGUAGGUAACAACUUUCAACCUCUCCUCAGUGAUGGACAAUUCAGAGACAGUGAGGUCAGCUUCCCCUGACUGCAGAGCUCCUACCGUGCCCGUCCACUCGUUGCUUGAGCUGUCCUUCAGUUUCCCGUAGGCAUAACCUUCCAGUACAUUGAAACUGACUCUGUACAAGAGAGAGAGUGGGAGAAAAAAUAGUGUUGUGUAUUGAGGGAAAGAAAAUUUCUGUCUUGUCUUCUCUAUUUAGGGAAAGAAAAGGAAAAGGGCAAGUAGUGUCAUAUGCAUGGAGGAAAAGGAAAAUUAUUCUCAUAUGCACUGAGCAAAAAGGAAAAGUACUGUGAUAUGUACUAAGGGAAAGGCUCGGUGUACUGAAGGGAAGGAAAAAUACUGUUGUCGUAUUUAUUGAGGAAAAGAAAGAAAUACUGUCGUAUGUACAUUUUUUAAUUGCUAGAAAGAAAAGUGAAAUAUACAUUUAUAUGUAUAGUUUAUUUUUCAUAUCAGUCACAAGUAUGGAUGUUUGUUUCCCUUCUUUUUUUUCACAUGUACAGCUACCUCCUCAAAUAGCAUGUAUUUUCAAAAUUUCAAGCUGCUGUGAUGAUGAAAAAAGCCUGAAAGAAAAAUGACAAGGAACAAAAAGUAAUGAGAAUAAGUUUUGUGGCAACUAUUCAUUAGAUGUCACUUUUUCACUCCUCCACUUAGACCGGUACAGUUGAACGCAAAAUGUGAAAACUUACGAGAAAUUGUGUGCAUCCCUUAGUGCAGUGACAAUAUCCCCCACAAAACCAGUGAUAUUUCUUUGACUGGAGCAGCGUUCGACCGUUUCUCUAGGGGCAAGCGACACCUCCUGGUGGGGGACUUCAAAUCUGCUGUGGCUGCCUUCGAGUUGUGUCUGUUGCUUAGGUGUGGAGGCAACAGAGUCCCUGGUGGAGCUGUGUGGGGAGCAGGCGCCCGAGUGUGGUGACGCGUACUGCCGCUGUGGCCGUGCAUUGCUGGAGCUGGCACACAAGGAGGCAGGGGUGCUGGGGCCAGAUCUGGAUUGGUGCCAGUAGUCGUGUGUAUUGCUUGGUUAUUGUGUUAACGUGCUGGAGUGUGCACAGCCGGGAGUGUUUGGGGAAUGAAAAUAAAAGGAGUUAUGGAUGUUUAAAAAUGCAUCUUUUGAGAGCUGAGUAUACAAGAAAGUUGCUGUGUUUGGGGGAUGAGUAAACAAUGAAGAAAUGUUUUGAGGAACUGGGUGUGCAGAGGCACGAGUGUUUGGAGAAUGAGAAUACAGGAAGACAGGAGUGAUUUAGGAAUAAGUGUACAAGAAAGGAGUGUUUGAGUGACAAUAUAUAAGGAAGAGGUGUUUUGAAAAUGAGAGUACAAGGAAUGAGCAUUUUGGGAGUUAAUAUACAAGGAAGCAAGUAUUUAAGGGACUCAAGUAUACAAGAUUAUUUUCCUGUCAUAUGUCAUUAUACAAUGUUUUUCUUUGUUAUAUACAUCAUUCCCUUUCACUUUUCAUAUCUUGUGUUCUCGUCAUUCUGAUGUAAUGUUACAGAUAGAGAAUGUUUGGUGUCAAAUUUUCACUAAUUUCAUAUGUGUAUAAACUUUCAUUUCAUUGACUUUUUUUUACUAUUACUACUAUAUUUGCUUGCUUUUUAAACAAGUCUUUUCUUUCAGAGGAGGGAAGCACAGGGGAAGAGGAGGACGAGGAGGAAGAGAGUUAAGAGUCACAAGAGGAGGAGGAAGGUGGAAAGAAAGAGGAAGGGAGAGGAGGAGGAGGAGGAAGAUGGGGAAGGAAAGGAGAAAGAUAAGAAGGAAGGAAAUGCCGCAGAAGGAGAAGAGCAAUAAGAAAUUAGAAUUGACAGAGAAACCAGACAAGGGACUGCAUUUGAAGAAGCACAAGAACCAAGAAAUUUACAUAGCUUUCAUUUUGGUUUACAUUCUGAAAGAUAGAAAUCAAAAACGUCACAAGACAGAAUAGUGAGCUGCAUGCACUUAUCACAGAGUAUAAAGUCACUCCCUCAGAGGAAAAAGACAAGGAUGGCAUGUCUUCAUGUGAGAACUCAGAAGCUAAAUGUACAGAUACCAAGGGGAAAUUGCUGGGUCAAGUGGCUACACUGACAUCUGAGGUUAGCAGGUUGGAGAGUGAGUGCAGCAGUCUUCAGGUUCAGCUAGACUGUGAGAGGGAUAAGUAUAACAAACUGCUGGGAGAAUCUCUUGCUCAUGAAAAGUUGUCUGAAGAUGUCAUAACUGAACCAAAAGGAGAAACAACAGGAUUGGGAGGAACUGAGCUUUAACAGAAGCUGCAACAACUGCAGGAGGCUCACAGGGUCCUGGAGAGCAGGUUAACUUGCAGCAUGAAGGAGGUGGCUGAGCUAAGUGACAGGAAGUAGCAGCUUAAGCAUGCUGUAGUGCAUGAGGAGACAGAGUCCAUCGGUGUAUGCAUGUUUUUUGCUCAUUUGAAUCAUCUGUAAAAGUGAAGUGGAGGAAGUGUUUACUGUUUACUGUAUGCCAUUUCCUUGGUCUUUUAAUGAAGAAUUUUAUCCUUCUUCAGGUGACUACAUCACCAUCUACCAGUUGCAGCGAGGAGUGAUGAAGCAACAAGCUCGAGAACGCGAGUUAGACCUUGCCAGCCUCCAUCAUGAAUGAGAGGAAAUGAAGCAAAACCACUCUGCAGGAUUUGAUAUCAAAGCUGGUGCAGGAAAAGGAAGCAGAUCAUGACCUUCAGCAGCUCGAGAAGAUAAGCAGCGUCCUUAAGAGUCCAGUUGCUAUCUUUAGCAGUGUUGGAACCAGUGAGUCUAAGACACCCACCAGCAGUGGAAAGGUGGCUGACGAGCGCCUCAAGCACUCUGAAAAGGUGGAGCAACAACAAGAAACAGAAAAUUGCAUCCAUCAUUCUUUGCCUGAGGAGGGAAUUGAUGCUCUGUUGACCCUUCACACUGAUGUCCCUCAUGAGGAGGCAGAAUAUGAAUCCUACAGAACUUGCCCAUAGAAAGACCAAAACUGUUACUGCUGCCACACUGCCACCACUUCCACUGACACCAAAAGCCCAACUGUGCAGAGAAUCCUGGACCUCCGCAAUGAAAUGGAGUCCACCAGUCACCUGGAGCACUUUAGCCUCCAAAAGUUCCAUCCGUGUCCAUUGUGUUUGGGUAAACUUAUCACUGUAUAAGGGGACAAGUAUCAGUGUAUGGUUACUAUAUACUCAUUUGUACUUAAAGAUGUCAUGUCACAUCAUUCUCUCUCUCUCUCUCUCUCUCUCUCUCUCUCUCUCUCUCUCUCUCUCUCUCUCUCUCUCUCUCUCUCUCUCUCUCUCUCUCUCUCUCUCUCUCUCUCUCUCUCUCUCUCUCUCUCUCUCUCUCUCUCUCUCUCUCUCUCUCUCUCUCUCUCUCUCUCUCUCUUUCUUUCUUUCUUUCUUUCUUUCUUUCUUUCUUUUUGCAUAUUUUACUGCUUUACAUUCCUCCCCACAGUAUUUUUUCAUCUACUUUAUGACUGCAGUAGUUUUAUCAUCCCAGUGUAUGCCGUAUCCACUCUGAAACUGUAAUUCACCAAUCAGCUCAAAUGUGUCUCUGUUUUGAUAAUCAUUAAUUUGUUUCAGCUACACAACCACUCUGAUAAGGGACAAAAUCUACUUCACCAGUCAUCUAUGUCAUACAGUCAUAUAUAUUCAUACAUAUGACAAAAUACUCUUCCUAAGACAUUUCUUAUUUUCUCUUCUCAAGUGACCUGUCCAUCUAUCUAAGGUACCACAUAACAUUUAAAACUUACAAUAUUGCAUUUAAUUCAUGAACAUUUUUUUGUCUAUGUAGACUUGAAAUUGUAUUGCGUAUAGACUUGAAAUGUAUUGGGAGUUUUCUCUAUCUCUCAUUCUAUACCUAACACCUGUUCCUAAGAAUCCCCAGGUGAUAGCCAUGGUGACUGGCUGGUCUCCUACUGAGUGGCUGGGGUUUUCCAAAAGUGAGGGUUGGUGUUCUAUACCAUACCAUGUGCCCUGUUUGUGUUCCUUCUCUAUCCUCUGUAUUAUAUUCUAUGUAAAGAUGGUGCUGGGGUGGGAUCUACUUCUUAUUCCCUAAAAGUGAUGAGGAGUGACACUGGGCAGCAUUAAUUUGCUCCUUAGAGAUGGCUGGGUUCCUGUGGAUGAGUGGGCCAUGCUGUGCUUUGUCAAGGAUGGUGUUUGGUAUUGUGAUGACUCUUGCCACAAUCAAGUGUCUCCCACAGAGUAGUGGAGUACCUAUGUAUGGUGUUGACCCAAGCUGUCCAGGUCUCAUCCAAUGCCUUAAUAUGAUUUAGAUGAUCAAAAUGGUUUAACUCACCAUUUAAUCAGCUGACUGAUUUGAAUGGAGAAGUAUGUAAUGUGUUGUAGCCUAACCAUCCCUGCCAGCAUGGUCAGACUCUUGGUAGUAACCUGAAAUGCUCUUAGGUAGUGAGUAUCAUUGCACAUAAUGAUCUUUACUUUGUCAGUAAUUCAAUGAUACUGAAUAUUACUCUACUGGAUUUUGCUCAGCACUGCUUGGUAACUUUUGGCCAUAAUCCCAGGUCUGGAAUGAUAUGAAGCCAUGUUUUUACAUUCCAUAUGAGACAGGCAAGCACUAUGCUUUGCCUGACUGAUACCUGUACUUUGCAUUUAUGACCCCAGGUAGUUCAUCACUCUCUCUCUCUCUCUCUCUCUCUCUCUCUCUCUCUCUCUCUCUCUCUCUCUCUCUCUCUCUCUCUCUCUCUCUCUCUCUCUCUCUCUCUCUCUCUCUCUCUCUCUCUCUCUCUCUCUCUCUCUCUCUCUCUGUUUGGAAUUAUACUGUAUAUUAGGAAAUAUCAUUAAAGAGUGUGUGUGUAAAAAGUGUUUGCAUUAUUGUGCAUUUGAUGUUGGUUUCAUGAUUUAUAAAGAUUGCUAUUUUUAAUAAAGUUAUUGAAAUUGUUA